GUAUGGGCCAAGUGUUUCUAGCCCGUCGGUAACGUAUUCAAGGCCGGGAAGAAACAAAGCGUACAUCAUCAUCUUGCAGAAGUGCCGUAAACAUUGAAACAGUGAGCACUGAGCAGAGUAGUAAGCAAGCAUGACGUCUUCGUGGUCAUGUAAUGCCAUGCUAGUGCAACAGUUUCUUGUUCAUCCUUCAUUUUCCGUGUCUUGUCGGCUUUCAUUUCCAUCUCAAUCAAUGUUGAGUUUGACAAUUUCGAGCAAAAACAAGAGAAGCAUUUCUCCACCCCUAAUUUUGUGCUGCUCUGAACCAUCUGCAACCAAUUCAACGGCUGUGAUUUCGGCAUCUACUUCCACUAAUCCUGCUCCACCGGUAAUUAAAAAAAGAAAACGAUACAGAAAGCAAUACCCAGGAGAGAGCAUAGGCAUAACUGAAGAGAUGAGAUUUGUGGCUAUGAAACUUCGUAACUUAAAAGGUAAGAAGUACCCUUCUUCUUCCGCUAAUAGUGAUAGUGAUAGUAAGGACUCCCAAGAGUCAUCCAACGAGGACGUAAAAGAAGAAAAAUCGAAGGAAUCAUUUGAUGAUGGAGAGACUUGGAAACCCAGCAUGGAAGGAUUUGUUAAGUUCUUGGUCGAUAGUCAGCUUGUGUUCAACACAGUGGAGCGCAUUGUGGAUGAAUCCAAUGAUGUGGCUUAUGCUUAUUUUAGAAAUACUGGAUUGGAAAGAUCAGAAGGUCUUGCAAAAGAUUUAGAAUGGUUUAGGGAACAGGAUAUUGUAAUUCCCGAUGCUAGCACUUCAGGAGUUUCAUAUGCCAAGUAUUUGGAAGAACUUGCUGAGAGAAGUGCCCCAUUGUUCCUGUCCCAUUUCUACAAUAUAUAUUUUUCUCAUAUAGCUGGUGGUCAAGUGAUUGCAAGACAGGUUUCUGAGAAGAUCCUAGAGGGAAGGGAGAUGGAGUUCUACAUAUGGAAGGGAGAUCCCCAGGAAAUUUUAAAAGGCGUGCGUGAGAAUCUCAACGUGCUUGGAGAGCACUGGCCUCGAGAUGAGAAAAAUAAAUGCUUAAAAGAAGCAGCCAAGUCUUUCAAGUUUUUGGGGCAGAUAGUUCGCUUGAUUAUCUUAUAAUGAAUACCAUUUCAAAUCGAAAAACUUUUAGAGUUUGAUAUUGUUAAGACCUGACAGAGUGGCCGUCUUUUAUUUUCUUCCUCUCCUCACCAGCAUCCAGCUAAUUCAAGCUUUUGGACUAGCUCAGCAGCAUCCCAUGGUGGCCUAUUUAUCGACUAAUGAAGACCAUAGAUGGACUGGUAGAAAGAACACCGACUCUGCUCAGAGAACAAAACCAGAUGUUAUCUUCUAAUGACUUCAUGUCCUUUUGUAGGGUUCUCAGCAUGGAAGUAGAGAAUUUUUCACCCUGUUACACAUAGAUGAUAUCCUAAACUUAAAAAAGAAAAAAAAUCAGCUGAGGUUUUGAUUUUAUAAUUUAUGGGGCAUAUGUGAUUUUUUUCACUUAUUGCGUAUUCCUCUGUUGUCACAAAUGCCUGUUUUCUGUAACCCUUGAUUAUCAUUGAGGCUAGCAUAGCCAAAUCCUUUGAUUUUAAAUUUUUAAAU